AGUAUCCGGUGAGAGCUGAAAGGGUGAGACUCCUUAUCUGAGCGCAAAGGACGACGAACAAGGCAGUCGAGACUUUGCGUUACAAACUUUUGCGUUGCGAAACCUUUUUUCCGUUCGCGCUACUAAAUUAUCAAGUGAUUCUAUAGCGGAUAUGAGGUCCUGGAUUCUAUGGUGCUCUCUUCUGUUGGUCAUCCUGGCCGCCAACAGCUUCGCCAGUCCUUAUAUCGACGACGGUGAAGACGUAGGCGAACUUCAAGGUGUUGAUUCCUCGGAGUAUGCAGACAAUGCUUUGGAGAAUUUGAUUCGGGCAGCGCAGAAACGUACGUUGCGUCUGUCAUAUUUUUAUAGGCGAAGUUGCAUAAGGCGCGGCGGCAAUUGCGAUCACCGACCGAACGAUUGCUGCUACAGCUCCAGCUGCCGUUGCAAUUUGUGGAUGUCCAAUUGCCAGUGUCAGCGGAUGGGUCUCUUCCAGAAGUGGGGCUAAAUAAUAUUUUCCUCUCCUCUCCUCUCCUCUGCUCUAGUCUUUCUACUCUUAGCUUGCGACUUCUAUCUCUCUUCUCUUUAUUUUUCGUUCUCUUUUAUUUUUUUAUUUUUUUUUUCAUUAUCAUAGCCUUUUUCGAAGAAACUAUUUCGUCAAGUUCGGACAACGUUCCUCUUCUCGUACAAUGUUAGCCUACGUGACGAAUCUGUCCCGUGGAAUUAAUUCCAAUUCGUCGUCUUCAACGCUCCGAUUCUCGAUUAUAGAACGAAGGCCUCAAUGAUACGCUUUGACAUUCCUUUAUUGUUUUUUUCUCGCGCAUUUUCUAUAGAGAGACAUACAAUUAUAUUUGUUGAGUUCAAUACGAUUGGCUUGAAGAUAAUAAAUAGCAAAAAUGUCACGCUCUCGAAAAAAAAACCUUUGCGCGAUAUAACUCUCUUAACUUUUCGAUCUCUCGAGAUGCGGUCUUUCACAUCUACCUCUCUCGCGAUAUUUGAUAUACCGGGAUCAGCUGCGCUCGACUAUUUGUGAUUAAUAAACAAUUUUCUCUUUCCUUUCUUGAAGAAUAAUUUAUUGUACAUAUAAUUAUUUUUUUUUUAUAU